UUAGCGCCUCUGGCUCCAGAGGAGAGGCAGAGAUGGCGACCGCAGUUCGGCUUCUUGGUCUGCGUGUGUCCAGCUGGAGGCUGCGGCCACUGCUACCGCCCCUCGCCAGCCUGGUCCCCCGACGAGCCCACUCGCUGCUGCCCGUAGACGAUACGAUCAACGGGCUAAGCGAGGAGCAGAAGCAGCUUCGUCAGACCAUGGCUAAGUUCCUUCAGGAGCACCUGGCUCCCAAGGCCCAGGAGAUUGAUAAAAGCAACGAGUUCAAGGACCUUCGAGAGUUUUGGAAACAGCUUGGGAGCCUAGGUGUACUGGGCAUCACAGCUCCAGUGCAGUAUGGUGGCUCCAGCCUGGGCUACCUGGAGCAUGUGCUGGUGAUGGAGGAGAUAUCGCGAGUUUCUGGAGCUGUAGGACUCAGCUACGGCGCCCACUCCAACCUCUGCAUCAACCAGAUCGUGCGCAAUGGAAAUGAGGUCCAGAAGGAAAAAUACCUGCCCAAGCUGAUUAGUGGCGAGUACAUCGGAGCCCUGGCCAUGAGCGAGCCCAAUGCUGGCUCUGAUGUUGUCUCUAUGAAGCUGAAAGCAGAAAAGAAAGGAGAUCACUAUGUCCUGAAUGGCAACAAAUUCUGGAUCACCAACGGCCCCGAUGCCGAUGUCCUCGUUGUCUAUGCCAAGACAGACCUGACUGCUGUGCCAGCUUCCCGGGGCAUCACGGCCUUCCUUGUGGAGAAGGGAAUGCCGGGCUUCAGCACCUCCAAGAAACUAGACAAGCUGGGAAUGAGGGGCUCUAACACCUGUGAGCUGAUCUUUGAAGACUGCAAAGUUCCAGCUGCCAACAUCCUGGGCCAGGAGAGUAAGGGCGUCUACGUGCUGAUGAGUGGGCUGGACCUGGAGCGCCUGGUGCUGGCAGGUGGGCCUCUUGGGCUGAUGCAAGCUGUCCUGGAUUACACCAUUCCUUACCUGCACACGAGGGAAGCCUUUGGCCAGAAGAUCGGACACUUCCAGCUGAUGCAGGGAAAGAUGGCUGACAUGUAUACUCGCCUCAUGGCGAGUCGGCAAUACAUCUACAACGUAGCCAGGGCCUGCGACGAGGGCCACUGCAUCCCCAAGGACUGCGCCGGGGUGAUUCUCUAUUCAGCUGAGUGCGCCACACAAGUGGCCCUGGAUGGCAUCCAAUGCUUUGGUGGCAAUGGCUACAUCAAUGACUUUCCCAUGGGCCGCUUUCUUCGAGAUGCCAAGUUAUAUGAGAUUGGGGCUGGAACCAGCGAAGUGAGGCGGCUGGUCAUCGGCAGAGCCUUCAAUGCAGAUUUCCAUUAGCCCUGUGUUGUGGUCAGUGUUUACAAGGAAGACAAUUUAAUACAGGACACAAUUUGUAGGAUUAUUUUAUAACAGUCACCCAAAGAGUCACGUACAAAGGAGUGGAGGAAAUCUGUCCCCACACUAAUGACCCAAGGAAUCCAGCUGAGGGCCUGGAUCCCAUGGCAGUGUGCUGCAUGAGUCCCG